AAAAUCAGCCGGAUGGAAAGAAAAAAUAAAAAUUUAGACAGAGGACGGGGAAAGCAAGAACGACAUGAUAGCAGAGAUAAUCGUAGCAGACAUGAUGGCGACAAAGAAAGAGAGCGUGAUUGCAUGGGACGCGAUAGCAAUCGCAGAGAGAGAUAUGCAAGUAACAGUAGCUCAAAUAGUUCAAGUAGUGAUAGUGAAGAUAACGUAUUACGCGGCAGUCAUGACAGAAAAUUCAAAAGACAUCCAGAUUAUGACAGACAACAUAGCAGAAACAGUCAAGACGACAACGAUGAACGGAAAAACCAAAGUCGCGACACACGCUACAGUCUUGAUCAAGAUUCGAGACGUGUAAGCACAGAUAAAGAUCCGUCCAGUAAAAAAAAGAAGCAAAGUGACCGCCCACCAAGCCGAGGCUCAAUAGGAGACAGGCCAGCGCCAUCUAAAAAACGACAGAAUGGUAGAAGCGGACAAAACGCAAGCAACAUAACUGAUAGAACUGACAAAGGGCGAGGAAAGCAAGAACGACGUGAUAGCAGAGAUAAUCGUAGCAGACAUGAUGGCGGCAAAAAAAGAGAGCGUGAUUGCAUGGGACGCGAUAGCAAUCGCAGAGAAAGAUAUGCAAGUAAUAGUAGCUCAACUAGUUCAGGUAGUGAUAGUGAAGAUACCGAAUUACGCGGCAGUCAUGACAGAAAAGACAAACGACAUCCAGAAUAUGACAGACAACAUAGUAGAAACAGUCGAGACGACAACGAUGAACGGAACAGCCUUAGUCGCGACACAAGCUACAGUCUUGAUCAAGAUUCGAGACGUGUAAGCACAGAUAAAGAUCAGUCCAGUAAUAAAAAGAAGCAAAGUGACCGCCCACCAAGCCGAGGCUCCACAGGCGACAGGCCAGCUCCAUCUAACAAACGACGGAAUGGUAGAAGCGGACAAAACGCAAACAACAUAACUGAUAGAACUGAUUCAGGCCAGUACAGACCCCGAGGUGCUGUCCAUCAACAACAGCAAUCACCCACAAUUUACCCGCAGCUCAACAGCAACAAUCAACGUUCAAUAUGCCUCCAGCUCAACACCAACAACACUCCCCGUACCUUCUGCCCACCCCACCACAAGAACAAUCCCCGUACAAUCUGCCUACCCCAAAACAACAACAAUCCCCGUACAAUAUGCCUUCACCACCACAACAACAAUCCCUGUACAAUUUGCCUUCACCACCACAACAACAAUAUGCGCACAAUUUACCUACACCACAACAACAACAAUCCCCGUACAAUAUGCCCCCAACUCUACAACAACAAUCCCCGUUCAAUAUGCCUCCAACUCAACAACAAAAUUCACCGUACAAUAUGCAUCAACAUCAACAACAGCAAUAUCCGUACACUAUGGCUUAUCCUCAACAACAUUCCCCGUACAAUAUGCCUACAUUACAACAACAACCUGCGUUAGCGGCUUUUGCGAGUGGCCCGACUCCACACCCGGUUUUUGCGAAUGGCCCACCUCCACAACAACAUACGAACCAGUUUGUUGGUAACGCCACGUAUCCAAUUCAACAAAGCCCUCCUAGUUUGUUAGGUAUUCCUACGCCACCAUUUACUGGCAGCAGUCAAAUGUACAGAACCCCUAGUCAGGUGGAUGUGUCGAACAACGAAAAUGAAUCUGGAUACAAGUACAACUCAAGAAACCCUGCAACUAAAGAGAAACAGGGCAAAAGAAACCCUAAAAGCGGUGGAGGUAAAGAUACGAAAACAAAGGAUGAUGACAAAAACCGAGGCGGUACGAAAGAUAUUGAGAACCCUUCUGGUGGCGGUAAAAUGUAUAGAACCCCUAGCCGUGUUCAUAUUUCAAAAGACGAAAAUAAAUCCAGAGACAAUCACAACACAAGAAACCAUGGACAAAAAAUAAAUAAAGGCCAACAUAAUUAUAGGACUGAUAGGGGUCAAGAUAUGAAAACAAAUGACAAUCGCAACUACCGAAGCGGUACGAAAGAAAUGACCUCGGAAGACAGUCAGGCUGUACCAGAUGAAGAGGCUAGGCUGAUAAGAGAUGUUUUUAACUACAUGGUGAAGCACUUUAAUGGAAGUGGAUCUCCGGAAAAUAUUCGCCGGGAAUCCGGACUGUUUCCGACCGAUUUUGAUGUUGUUGACUGGUUCAAAAAGAAAAGAGAAUUUACUACUUUGGGCAAAGAUGGAAACGUCAUUACAGUAAAUGUCUGCAAAAAAAGUAUCCAGUACUGUUUCAAUUACAUCAAAAGGUCUGGCUGUAACGACAGCAAAUGCAAACAUUUCCAUCUUUGCAAAGAUUUCCUCAGCAAUAGCUGUUGUUUUAGCGUGAAAUGCAACUUUAGUCACAACGCAAAAGAUAGCCGAAAUAUCAUAGCUGCAAGGCGAUAUGGUAUAGACCAAUUUUCAAACGAAGAAAUAAUCAAUGUCCUUGCUCUGCGGUUUCCACAUGUUUGCCAGGAAUGGGCUAAAGCAGGGUCUUGUCCUAACAGCAUAUGCUUUAACUUGCACGUUUGUCCUGGCUACAUAAAUGGGCAAUGCAAAGAUCAAAACUGCCCCAAAUGUCAUGAUCGCACUUCACUGCACAACGACCCCAUAGUCUCUGCCUAUGAAAUGAAAACAUGGAAUGAGACAUUUUUUCGGAAAGCAGUGUAUUUAAUUCGGGAAAAUGAGAACAAAGAAGACGCACCGGAAAUUGAUCACGAUGACACAGCAAUUGAACCGAAUAAAGAAGUGAAGCUAACGCAAGACGUUUUUCAGUUCAUUGUCAAAAAUUUUGACGGCAGUGGUUCACCCGAAGAUAUUCGCAGAGAAUCGGGACUGUUUCCGACUGAUUUUGACGUUUCUGAUUGGUUCAAGAAGAAUAAACAAUUUGCUGCUUUCGAAAAGGAUGGCAAAGUUAUAUCGGUUACGGUAUGCAGAAAAGACGUAUCGUAUUGUUUCAGCUACAUUAAACAAACCGGAUGUGCCAACGAAAUUUGCAGAAGAUUUCAUGUUUGCAAAGAUUUUCUUUGUGGCUACUGCUGUUUUGGAGAUAAAUGCCAUUACAAGCAUAGUGUAACAGAUAAACAAAAUAUUAUGGCAGCCCAGAAAUGUGGCUUAGAUAAUUUUACAAACGAAGAAAUCAUGUGCAUUCUUAAACGAAGAUAUCCACAUGUUUGCAAGGAAUGGGUGAAAAGUGAAACAUGUCCAGCCAGUUUUUGCAAUGAUUUGCAUAUUUGUCCAGGCUACAUCAAUGGAAAGUGCCAUGAAUAUAACUGCUCGAAGAGUCAUGACCGAAUGUCGCCGCACAAUGGUCCCAUAGUCAAUGCCUACGGCCUGGCUAAGACUGAUGAACAAUAUUUCCGAAAGGCGGUAUAUUUAGUUCGUGAUAGAGAAGUUGCUUCAGGUGUCGAAGAAAACCUAGACUUGCUGAACACAGAUAUUGCCGGACAAAAAUCCAUUUGCACAGCGUUCCUUGUGGGUGACUGCAAGAAAAAGGGAUGCAAACAGAUCCACUCAAAUCUUCCUUACAUAUGGCAGGUGAAGCUCUGGGAUGAGUGGAGGAAGUUUUCAUGCCAAGAAACUGUCGAAGAACUGUUUUCCAAACCAGAUAAGAAUGCAACGAAUCAAAUUGUGUACAAUGAUUUGACAGGGGACUGUAGGUCUGCUACAUUCAAUAUUAUAUUAGAACCCCUGCACGCCACGUGUAUUGACUCAACCGGUAAAAGAACGAUUAUCGAAGUUCGCAGAUUAUCGACAAAAUCAUAUGCGUUCGGGAAAGCGCUAGGCUCAGAACCGUUCAGAACUGAAUGGAGGUGGUACUUAGAAUUUACUCCCGGCGAAUGGCACCUUAUGGAACCGGAUUAUCUCCAACUGACGGUGGAGACAAAAUAUUUAGCGAAGCAGGUAACAUGGCUGUAUACGCGGGAGAACUUUAAAUCCAAGUACCAACUGAACUUUGAUCGCAAUGAUCAGUUAAACCUUGGCUCUCAAGUCUGCAGAAAUAUUCGACGAAGACCGCUGUUUGUUUCAGAAAAUGACGUGAAACAGCAAAUAAGCCCAAGCAAACUAACUGCUACGCCGUCGGCGCAAGUAGACCUUCCGUGCGGAUGGGUACCAUGGGACUACUUUCAAUCGUUUGAAUGGGUGAAACUCUCCUUGAAAGACGAUGAUUAUAAGCGGGUUUCGGAGAAUUUCUAUAAGACGCUGGAUCCAAGCAAACAGAUCAUAGACGAUAUCUUCCGUGUACAGAAUCAUGUGUUGUGGUCAACAUUCAGCAAUCACUUGGAGAGGGUAAUGAAGCCAAAGAAGAUACGACUUGGCGACCUUUCCCCGGUGACUACGCUGGACCUGUACCAUGGCACCGACAACCUGGAAGCCGUGCGAGGCAUCAGCAUCAACAACUUCGACUCAAGGACGUCGGGCAAAAACAUGACGCGAUUCGGCGACGGAGCAUACUUUGCAACAGACGCCAAGUACUCGCAUGAAUACACCAAAGGUCCGCACAGGUUUAUGUUCCAAGCCAAGGUGUUGGUCGGAGAAGCCACAGAAGGGAAACCAGAAUAUCGACGACCGCCAAGCAGGCCGGGCAUGGAUCAUGAGUUGUAUGACUCGUGUGUGGAUGUGCUGAAGAAUCCGAGGACAUAUGUCUUGUUUGAGAAAGCCCAAUGCUACCCGGAGUUCAUCAUACACUACCACAGCAUCGGCGACCUGAAGAACACACCGGCUCAAGAUGCUACUGAACUUACGUCUUGUUGCCUGUUGUAGAGCGUAAAGACAUAGUUAGACAUAUAGUUGAACUCAAAGAUUGUAAAUCAUGGCUGAUAAUAGCUUUGUUAGUUUAAGACAGGUAAAUGAAAGAAAUGUAGCAUUGUUCCCGUGUGGAAUUGUUAAUUAUGAAAAUAAGACAUUGCGAUUUAUUAAAGGUUAACUUAACGUUUUUUAAAGAAUACUUUUAGAUUUUUGAUUAUACUUAUUUAUAAAUUGAUAUUGUUCCAAACAGUAAUGUGUUUAGGUUUCACUUAACAUUGAUGCGAUAAUUUGUGAUUUUUGUUUUAUUGUUAUUGAUUAACACAUGCGUUUUUUCUCAAACUAAAGAACGUGUAUCCGGAACUGCUGUAAAUACUUAAACAAAAUAGUAAACAUAGUGUUUGUGUGUCUUCAAGUGUUGUCUGGAUCUGUUUUACGAAAUAUAUAUAUAGUCCUAAUAUUUGCAUUUCUGCUUAUGUUUGUUUUGUUCUUUAGUUGUAAUGAUUGUGUUGUUCAUAUGUUCUAUUUAAACUAAAGAAAUAUGUGUAAUUGAGUGAAUCGAUUCUGCCCAACUGAAAAAUAACGUAGUGCUCGUUACCAUUCAAAGGGUAUUAUAAAAGUUGAUAUCUUUUGCGAAUUUAUAUACAUUUUUUUCUAUGAGCUUAAAUAUUGAAGUUGUUUUUCAAUCACUGUUUUGAGUGGCCGUAUAAUUGUAUUUGGUGUAUAUAUAAACAUGCAAAAUUACUUAUAAAAUAGAAAAGCACAAAAAGAGAAAAAAAUAAACAGGAACAAUUAAAAUAGUCCUGUCAUCAAUAAUUUACAUGUAUAACUAUUGAUUUUUUAUAACCAUAAUUUGUUCAAUGUAUGUUCCAUAUGAUGUUACAAACUGUUAUAUGAAGGUGUAUUUGUUUUAUUACAUUAUUAUUAAUUGUUUGUAAUACAGUGUUGUAAAUACCGUGACACGCGAGUUUAAGAGAAAAAUUCAUUACAGUAUAUAGUUAAUAUAUAAACUACUUCACGUUAAAGGGGGGUGUAUGAUACUUUUCAGUAACGGUCUACAUCUUAUCGAGUUCAAAGGGGGAACGCGUACAUGCCGAAAAUUGUCUUCAUGAUAACAGGUUUAAUGGUAUUAAUCUUGCAUAACGGUUGUUGUCUUUAUUUAUAUGAAUAAAGGUGUGAAGGGCAGAAAUGUUCUGCAUGUCAAUGCCAAUGGCAUUACGGACGAAAACGAGUCAAAUGUGAAAUAUCAGUAAAAAAAAAGGAGUGUAUAGUGCAAUAAUGCAUUAUUGAGUUUGACCAAAUGAAUAUGGAAUAGAUAAACGUGAACUAUUUUUAUGCGAAAGAAGGCACAUCUCGCAUUUUGCUGUAGUCAAGAAAAUUUGGUGGAGGGGUGGGGUGGGGGGUCUUACAUGUAAUUGUGGUAAACGGAAAUCGUUUUAAAUUAUACGAUUUUAUAAGUUAAGAAAAGUAUAUAUUUAAUUACAUUAAUUGUUGUUAUGUAAACAAAUGCAAGGGGUGAAAUAGAAUGCUUUAAGGCAUAGUUAAAAUAAAAAUUGAGUGCAGUGGGAUGUAUAAUGCAUUAUUGAAUAUGUCUUGCAUUAUUCUUCGCGUUCGAUGUGAAUGAAAGGUCAUCUUGUUAAUCCAGGGACCCAUGUAUAAGCAGCGUUUACCUAAGCGCGAAUGUUCUAGAAUGUUCUAGACAUGCACUGCCGAUGUACAGUACAUGCAAACGUGUUUUUGAAGAAACUACUGUCUUACAUGCAUACAGAUUGAGCAGUAGUACAGUAGUUAUUAUUAUGCAUUUAUUUGUCGGCAGUUCUAUGUCAUAUAAUUGGCUGCCUACGACAAACAGGUGCGCUGAUAAUACAGCCACAAAAAGGCGAAUGUAUCGAAAACAAAGCCUAUUAAAAUACAAAAUACUUACGCUUUUGAUGCAACUACAAAGAGGCGAAUGCAGCGUAAACAUCGCAUAUUUGUGUCUUGUUCUGGGAAAACUGGGCAAAAUGCAUGUGCGUAAAGUGUCGUCCCAGAUUAGCCUGUGCACUCCGCUUUAAUGGUAUUUUUCGUUUAAAGGAAGUCCCUUUUUACCGAAAAUCUAGUUUAAGCGGAAAGUGUUGUCCCUGAUUAGCCUGAGCGGACUGCACAGGCUAAUCUGGGACGAUACUUUACGCACAUGUAUUUUACCCAGUUUUUUUCAGAACAAGUUUAAAAUUACCAAAACUCUUGCGCUGAUAAUACAGUUGCAAACAGGCGAAUCUAGCGUUAACAAAACUCAUCACGAGUUGAAAGCAAACGCUUUUUAGAUUUAUUGUUGAUCGUUAUGCAUAAUCAUUUGAAAUAGUAAUGAUGUUGGUGAUUGCUAUGAGCGAAUUAUAUGUGGAUUUUAUUAUAUCGUAUAGAACGCGCUUUUAAGAAGAAAGUAGUCCAGAAUGUAAAGCGCGCUCGUACGGGCUUUGAUAUUUUAUAAAGAAAUAUGAAAGUAAUUAUUUUUUGACAUAUUUGCACACAUCUUGCACGAACAACAUGAUGAACCUAGUGUUGUUAGUUUCUUUGGAUUUCUGCUAUGUACUCCAACAAAUUACACAUUCAUUAGAAAUCCAUUGAAAUCAAUCAUUUUGCUUGAUUUGAAAGACGUUUCAAAUGCCAUUUCUGAAUGUAAUACGUAUAUUUGAAAUUUAUUUUUCAUUUUUGGGUACUUUAAGCUGAUGCUGGCAUGUGUUAACAUGUUCGUUUACCUCCGGUAGUGAGCUAUUAUUUUACCUGUGGGUACUUUGUUGUUGUCGUACACUCAACAAAAAUAUAUUUAUGUUAUUAUAUUAUACUAGUAUGUGACCGAAGGCACGUUUUUGCUGAUUUUGCCAUGAAACUGAAACGGAAAACAUUAAACUGAAGUUAAAACGCAUCAAAUGGAAAUUAAUGAAAAAUAAUUAUUUUCCGUUAUGUCUUAUUUAGGACGUUUGAACUGUAAGCGUUGGUUAUUCAUGCAUGUGGUUCUACCACAAUAUUGAACAAUUCGUAAUUACUUCAUUAUGCCACAGCUGAUAUUUUUAUUCAAAGUUGUUUGUUUAUUCGGCAUUCUGUCUUUUGGUCAAAUACAUCUUAAUAAAUAAAUAAAAAAUUGCUCUUGAUGUCAUAUAAAUUGUGUAAAGUAUGUAUGAGUUACUUAGUUUCCUUCUGUAUGAAAAUCCUCUGCGAAUGAAUUCAUUAGAGACAUUUUGAUUUGUCAUUUUGUAAUACGACAAUGGAACUAUGUUUGUGUUUAUUAACGUUGGUAUGUUGUUCAGAAAUAUCCAUGUAAAAAUGGAUUAUGUUUGCUUCAUGUAUGUAAAGAGUACGUCUUUAUUGUUUUUUCAUUAGAUUCUUUAAGUGUGAAAUAUUGAUUGUCUUAUUUGCAAAAGUGAUUGUUACAAAACUGUUUUAGUUAAAGACAUACAGUAUAUAACUUGUAA